GUUGUAUCUACUGGUCACUUACUUUGUAAGGCCUUGCUCUACAUACUUUAAGUUAAUAAAUAAAUUAAUAAUAAGUUAAUAAAACACUAAAGUUCCCUCUGAAGUCAGGUCAAAUUGUUAACAACACUUGACUGUUUACCUAAAAAACAUAUGUUUGCUCCAGAUUUCAGGUAAUACUUUCAGUUAAAUGGCAGAGCUGCCUGUUUUGGGGAUCAGUGGUCUGCGCAGACCACACAUUAUUUUUUAAAAAUUCUGAUAAAUAUCCACAGCCACUCAUUAACCUGAACUUCAACCUUAAUUGUAGGUUAGCAACCUCUGCUUCUUAUGAGUACUGCUCAUUUUGCAUUUGUAUUGGAUUUAGUUCAUCGUGAGAGGGAAGAAGGCAGAAAUGAGCAAUCUGUUUUUUUGUUGUUGUUGUUGGUUUUUUUUUUUUCAAUUAAUACUAAGCCUGCAAUAUUUAAUUUUCACAAUAAAAUGACUAAUUAUUUACCUCAUUGUAGAGUUGCUUCUUUGUGCUGUGAUUAAGUGUAUUAAAGCUUUUGUAUUUAAUGUGUUGACACUACAGAUUUCUGAAAUAAUUUCUGGAGUUGUUUCAGUAUGUGUCUGCAUUGUACGGGCAUACAUGAAUUAAGCAGAGGACUUGUUAAUUAAGUAGAAACAGGUCUGCAUUUUCAUAGGAGUUCAGAGAGUGAUAAUUACUUUCUGUGAAAGAUGCAGCAUAUAUAUUUUUAAUAUUUAAGUGUCUCUUUGUACCUUGGGAUGGCCAAGAUCAGUACUACUGAGAAUAAAGUACCCGUUACUUAUCUUUAGUUGUGUUUUUUUUUUCUCCGUGCUGUCAUUCUAACAUGGAGGGAAAAGAUGUAGCCGUGCAGAGUUCCACAGGAAUCCUACAAUUUAAGGUAUGUUCAGAGAGAAUGUGUGUGCCUGUCAUGUGUAUGUGAACUUACUGCUGGUGUCUCCAGAAGUAAGAGCAAAUGAUAGUUUUGCUUUUUUGUUUUUGCAUCCUCUUGCUGGAUACAAAGAACUUGUACUGGCACAGUGUAGGCACCUGAAGGGCUGAAGAACAGCUGUCUACGAUCAGCUAAACAGGCGUCACAAAGAAAAGAGGCUAGGGGAUAAUCCUAUAUAUUUUGUCCACAGAUGAUGAAAUGGCCAAUCAAGUGGAACUCCUUACAGUCUAACCUGUUCCCCAACUCAUUUCAAUCAGGGGAAGUUACGCAAGUUGACUGCAGCUGAAUGAAGGACACAGUCACCUUUGUCAGAAAGACACAAAAAUGCCACCUUUUGAAAGUAUUGCUGAAGAAAUUCUGAAAUGAUUACUCUUUAAAAUGAGUUACCAGUCGUGCGUGUAUUCACCAGUUGUAAGCAUUUUAAGGAAGGAAAACAGUUAUUUGUGAAGACACGCCUUAUCUGUUAAAAUGCUGGCUGCUAAAAGUUACCAGCCGUAACUUUUUUUGUUUGUUUGUUUUGUUUUGUUUUUUAACUGACGUUUAGUAUGGAGAACUAACUGGGAAGGCUGUGUUAACAACAGCCUGUAGGGCUGGGUGAAAGCAGGCUAGUGAUGUAACUGGAACGGGUGCCAUGGGAAGGUUGCCUGGGAGAGAUUGUGACCUCUCCGGCCUACACUGUGAUGCUGCAGGCCCCCACCAGCAAAGAAAGAAUGCGCUGCCCCCCUCGCAUCAGGUUGUCUGUGCAACAGUAGGAACAUCAGUAACCACCGCUUCUGCAUCCAAUCCAGAAAAGAAACACACAGGAGAAACCAUGCGCGAGUGCAUCUCUGUUCACAUUGGCCAAGCUGGAGUUCAAAUUGGCAACGCGUGUUGGGAACUCUUCUGUCUGGAACACAGCAUUCAGCCAGAUGGCACCUUCAGUGACCCACCCAGCAAUGACGACUCUUUUGCCACAUUUUUCAGAGAGACAAGCACUAGAAAAUACGUACCCCGGGCUAUUAUGGUGGACUUAGAACCAACGGUAGUAGAUGAAGUGCGGACUGGCACCUACCGGCAGCUUUUCCACCCAGAACAGCUGAUCACUGGAAAAGAAGAUGCAGCAAAUAAUUAUGCACGUGGCCACUACUCCAUUGGCAAAGACAAAAUUGACAUGGCAUUAGAUCGUAUCCGCAAACUGGCCGAUGCCUGUUCUGGACUACAGGGAUUCUUGAUCUUCCACAGCUUUGGUGGAGGCACUGGCUCUGGCUUUACCUCCUUGCUGAUGGAGCGCCUCUCUGUGGAUUAUGGAAAGAAGUCCAAACUAGAGUUUGCCAUCUACCCAGCCCCUCAGGUCUCCACCGCUGUGGUGGAACCAUACAAUUCUAUCCUCACCACACACACCACCCUGGAACACUCAGACUGUGCUUUUAUGGUGGACAAUGAGGCCAUCUAUGAUAUCUGCCACCGAAACCUAGACAUUGAGCGCCCCACUUACACUAACCUCAACCGCCUCAUCAGCCAGAUUGUCUCCUCCAUCACCGCCUCGCUGCGCUUUGAUGGUGCCCUCAAUGUGGAUCUGACAGAAUUCCAGACAAACCUGGUUCCCUACCCACGCAUCCACUUCCCCUUAGUGACCUACGCCCCCAUCAUCUCUUCUGACAGAGCAUAUCACGAGCAGCUCUCAGUGGCUGAAAUCACCAGCUCCUGCUUUGAGCCCAACAACCAGAUGGUGAAGUGUGACCCGCGACAAGGGAAGUACAUGGCUUGCUGCAUGCUCUACCGAGGUGAUGUAGUUCCCAAAGAUGUCAAUGUAGCAAUUGCUGCCAUCAAGACCAACAGGUCCCUCCAAUUUGUUGACUGGUGUCCAACGGGCUUCAAGGUUGGGAUCAACUAUCAGCCUCCUACGGCUACGCCAGGAGGAGACCUUGCCCAAGUCGAGCGAGCGGUCUGCAUGCUGAGUAACACCACAGCCAUUGCAGAGGCCUGGGCAAGGCUUGACCACAAGUUUGAUCUUAUGUACGCCAAGAGAGCCUUUGUUCACUGGUACGUAAGUGAAGGCAUGGAGGAAGAAGAAUUUGCAGAAGCCCGAGAGGACUUGUCUGCCCUGGAGAAAGACUACGAGGAAGUAGCAACUGAUUCAUUUGAGGAAGAAAACAAUGCAGGGCAACCUUAAAAUUUAAUCUGCCUUUAAUCUGUGCAUAAGAUUGUCUCUAUGUCUCGUUAUUUCAUGUGGCUGCAUUUUCACUUUUCUCACGCAUACCAAGUCCGUUGGCACCCUAGUAGACUGUAAACAGUGAGUUGUCCACUACGAGAUCACAAGACAGCAAGCACAGGAUGCAUAACCAGCUAAUCAUUAGUCACUUUGCCUUAGAACGCAACAGCCAUAUUUCUUGCUAAUAUAUCCUGAAAGGAAGUUUACUCAUGGAAGGAAGAGUCCCUCUGUCUUCCGUACUGUCAUGUAUUCAACACAAAGAUAACACAGUCAUGCUGCUGUAA